UUUCAAGUCCUCCUUAUAACGUGUGAUCAUGAUUGUAACCCGGUCUGCGGCACAUGCCUGAUAAGGGACACUAAGCACGAUUUGCUUAUUCCGUACACAUGUACAGAAAUUUGUGGCUUUGCCUUUAUAUUCACAGCUUACCCUAAUUGUUCCCUUGCGUGUAUCUUCUUAAUUUUGAUACACAAAUGUAUAUGGAAGAACUUCUGUGAAGGAAGAGGAGGAAUUCAGCACCGUAAUCAGGCGAUUGGUAUUAUAUUGCUGAAGAGUCAGGAAAGUGGAUUGACAAUGGAAGGGUAUUCCCAAGACCCAAAGAAAAAAUCUGAAAUCUACACAUAUGAAGCUCCCUGGCAAAUAUAUGGCAUGAAUUGGUCUGUCAGAAAAGACAAGAAAUUCCGACUUGGGAUAGGCAGUUUCCUGGAGGAGUAUAACAACAAAGUUGAAAUUAUUGAGCUGGAUGAAGAAUCAGGGGAAUUCAAGAGUGAUCCCCGAUUUAUGUUUGAUCAUCCGUAUCCCACUACCAAAAUAAUGUUUGUUCCUGAUAAGGAUUGUCAGAAGCCUGACCUUUUAGCCACUACUGGGGAUUAUUUAAGAAUCUGGCAAGUUUGUGAGGAUCGAGUGGAGAUGAAAAGCCUUCUGAACAAUAACAAGAACAGUGAAUUCUGUGCGCCCUUGACCUCUUUUGAUUGGAAUGAUGCAGAUCCAAAGCGAAUUGGGACUUCUAGUAUUGAUACUACUUGUACUAUAUGGGACAUAGAAAAGGAAGCGGUGGAUACACAGCUGAUUGCCCAUGACAAGGAGGUGUAUGAUAUUGCCUGGGGAGGAGUAGGAGUGUUUGCUUCUGUUUCCGCUGAUGGGUCUGUGAGAGUUUUUGAUUUGAGAGACAAAGAACAUUCAACUAUCAUAUAUGAAAGUUCACAACCGGAUACUCCGUUGCUUCGAUUAGGAUGGAACAAGCAGGAUCCCAGGUUUAUGGCUACUAUUUUGAUGGAUAGUUGUAAGGUUGUUGUCUUGGAUAUUAGGUAUCCAACUGUGCCUUUUGCAGAACUCCAACGGCAUCAAGCUAGUGUGAAUGCCAUUGCUUGGGCUCCUCACAGUCCCUGCCAUAUUUGCACCGCUGGAGAUGAUUCGCAGGCACUUAUAUGGGACUUGUCAGCUGCUAGUCAGCCACUAGUAGAGGGUGGUGGCCCUGAUCCAAUACUAGCUUACACGGCUGGUGCUGAAAUAAAUCAGCUGCAGUGGUCUUCCAUGCAGUCUGAUUGGGUUGCAAUUGCUUUUGCUAACAAACUGCAAAUAUUAAGAGUUUGAUAUUUGUUAUGUUUCAAUAUUGUUUCUAAUCAAAUCGUCAUGAAUCUAUAUAACAUAGCCUGACAUGAUUGUAUGGUAUGGUAAGCUUUUCACAUUCUCUUCUUGGAUGAUUCCACAACGGAAAAAUAAAUCAGGUUUAAGUUAUAUAAUAUCUUUUUUGUAUGUUAAUGAUAAAAUAAAUAUUUUUGCUA